GAUCCCACCCCUGUCCAGCUGUUAGCAGAGCUCUGAGUUUCCCAAGGCCCCCCCGGUGCCCUGGCCCCCUCCCAGUCCCCCACUCCCCCAGGCCCUGACUGCUCGCCCGUCUGCUCUUCUUGGCAACCGAACAGCCAGGGGAGGAUCAGGAUGACCGGGCGGCUGAGAUAAGGACCACAUGAAGUUUCCCGCAUUACCUCACCCCCGAUUAGGAAACAAGCCCAGAGACACGCAGAGCAGAGGGGGGAGGAACCCUCUGGAUGGACAGGGAUGAGGCUACGAGAGGCGGCCGCCGUGUCUGCAGUCUUCACCAGCUGCCUGAUGGUUGAGGGUGGGCCGGGGGUCCUACAGAGGAUCAGGAGCGUUGGGGUAGCAGACCAGAACCAGAAGGAUGCGAUGAGUAUUUAAAGCUGCUUCAGUCAGUAGCUUCUUCUGAGAUCUGGAUCAGGCUCUAAAGAUGAGAAGAUGACCUCAGGUCAUCAGCUUUGUUGUGUUUUCACUGAAUUACCUACCAGACAGAAUGAACUCUCCUCACUGCUGCCUGCUGCGCUCUGAAGCAGACCUCCAUCCGGCCAAUCAAAACACAUCCAGCAGAGGGGGGGGGACUUCUCCGCACCUAAAUGGCGUUUGCUGCUGCUCUCCGGCCGGAUCCAUGGCGGUCAGUCCUCUGGAGGGUCUCAUGUCAGUGACAGUGAAGCAGCAGCUGGGAUCCAGCAGCGCUGCAGCCGACCGCCCAGCAUCCCUGCAGGGACCCAGAGACAAAUCCAGGAAGUGGGAGCAGGCUGUGUGUGGGUCCAGGUCCCACUCUGGCCCCGUGCUCCACAGCAGGCCCCUGAGGACUCAGCACUCCCCAGAAAAUGCAGCCAGAGAGAGGAGCAGAGUGCGUAACCUGCGGCAGGCCUUCCACAGCCUACAGGCAGCUCUGCCUUCAGUCCCACCUGACACCAAGCUCUCCAAGCUGGAUGUUCUGGUUCUGGCUACAAACUACAUAGCACACCUGACAGAGACGUUGGACCAGGACGGGGGGGUGAUGGAGCACUCUGUGCCGCCCCGGCCGGGCGGGUACCUGCAUCCUGUUAAGAAGUGGCCCAUGCGUUCCCUCCUCUACUGUGGCUCUGUGGGAGACCUGCUGUCAGCCAAUCAGAGACCUCAGCACGGCCAUGACGCCACGCGCCCUCUGACACCAGACGAGCAGUGAAGACCCACCAUCCCUAGAUCGAUCCCGUCGACCAUCUUCAGCUGCCAUGAAGGCAGCUGGGGAACCGAAAGACAAAAACUGCUUUUUAUCAUUUUGUUUAUUAAUAUACUUUCACCACUUUGCACAGAGACUGAACAGAACCUGAAGUUCCAUUUUUCACAUUUCAAACAAAUGAUAAUGUAUUUUAUGAAAAUAUUAUGUGAUUUAACUUUUACUCUCAACCUAUUUGUAAAGUGAUUGAUUUUUUCUUUCAUUUUUUAAGCCUACCGUAUAGAAUUUAAACUAAUUACAGCAAAGUUUGUGCUUCAAUGUCACAGAGUGUGGAAGAAUAAAACCCUUACACAUGCACCACAAGAUUUAAAUUUACACUUGUUUGAAAGUUUUCUUCUCCUGAAGGAACGAGCAGCAGACUGUCAGGAAGGGGGUUGAUAAGAGGAAAUAAAAAGUCUGAAUCACUUGACUAAUUAUCCCACAAAUCAGCACAUGAAGGAACAGCGUGUUACUGAUUACCCUGAUUUAGAGUCUUUUUUUCUCUCGCAGCAUGUAAGCAUGUUUUUUUUUUAUAAAAUAAAAUGUAUGUUUGC